UCCGGUAUGUCAGUGUAUAAAACCUAGACCUGUGCUCAGGUCCGAUACGGAUUCAGCCAAGGCCGGGCUAUAUUUUGUCACAAAAUCAGACAAACCUUACGUACGAGAUAGUAUCGUCGGUGUGCGCUUCAUAAUAACACAUGUAGGCCACCUUUCUGUGCAGUACUGUGCUUGUUGUUGAUUGUUACGGAAGUAUUUUAUGAUGUGUACAUGAAAGUGCUUUGCUACAGUGAGUCUUUAGUAUCAGCUACAGCACUGAAGUCAGACGCGACCAACACACCCGAGGAUAUCUGCAACUGGAAUUCAUGUGCUGACGGAUAUAGGCAGUAAGACAAGGACUUCAGAAGAACUAUCGUCUGCAACAGAAGCGAGUUCACGUACAGUAUGGCCAUUGUAGGCAGUAUGUAACGUGCAUCCUGAAAACGAAAUCUUGCAAUUCAAUGUCCGUCGAAGAAACACCGAAGUUUAGAUUCAUUAUUUGCUAGGAAAGCUGACAGGAGAUUUUGCAGGACAACAAAGAGAAGCGAAAUGGAAACUGGAUGGGUGACCGUCAUAUUGCUUGUGGGCGUUGUUUUGGGCCCAGUGGCAGUAUUCCCGAAGCGGGUCACGUGUCUCGAUCGACCGGGGAGCAAUAUCAAGGUAACUUGUCCCAGAGGUGAGGUUAUCAUGAACUUGAAGGUCAAGGUUGGAAAGAGCUCAGCUGAUCCGGGUUCCUCAAAACGCUGCACAUCGAAUCGGAAACACGACUGUAUGGGAUUAACACCGGAAGUCGUAGCUCAAACAAACAACUGUUACUUCCGGAACCAAUGCUCGGUCCAACUGAGCCCCCUGAUGCCAAUCACCAACUCUGAAAAUCGCUCCUGUCUUGCCAGGACGCCGGAUUAUGCCAUACUGGAGUCGUGGGACUGCAUCUGUGAAAGAUCUUUGAAAUACGUCUGCGAUGCCAUGGAAAGUGACCAGCUCGUAAAGAAAAGCGAAGGCCGACUUGUCAGCCACCGGAGCUACCCUUGGUUCUACCCGAAGCACGGAAACGACCGUUACUGUCGAGUGUCCUUUGCCCAGCAGCCCAGCUAUAAAUUGACCUUGUGGUCGGAUGAUAUCGACCUUGACCCGGACGGCCACGACAACGUGUCCUUGUACAACGUGACGUCAGAGGACAGCCAGGCUAUCGGCGAGCCGCUGAUGUACUCCACGCAGGGCUUCAACGAGACUAUAACCUCGUCAACCAUACAGCUCGUCUUCUUCAUCAAUCAGAAGACGAAGGCGGGACGAGGAUUUAUAAUCAACUACAAAUGGACGGCCAUUGACAGCAAUGGGGAGACAACUCCAGGAACAGAUGAUUGUAAAGACAAAAAACGCAGAAGGAAUGGUAAUAAAGGCAAGAAAGAAAGGAAAAUGAUGAAUCGAAAAGGAAAAGGAAAGAACAGAAAGAAAAAACGCCGAAACCGAGGUAAAAAAGCCAGAAAUCGUAGAAGGAAGUCUGGAAGGCAUCAGGAACAAGAACAAUAGCGUCAGAGACUAAAACAGGCUACUUCUGCAGUUUAUAUGCUAUAUAUGAUUAAAGAUAUAUAACUGUGUAAAAAUGGGGGUAAAACUUUUGUACGAAACAAUAGAAGACAACUUUUUGUCAAAUGAGAAAUAAAUCAGAACUCACGCACGGAUAAUUUCUGUUCGUGGGCUCCUUUUAUAUAGCCUUUAUUUUGUAAUCUUUCGGACCACAGUAAGCCGUGACGUAUACUGUGAACCAUUUAGUGCAUACAACAAUUUGACAGAUAAAUAACUGUAUGUGUGUAUAUAUAUGCAAUGUAAUCAGAUUAGCGAAUUACACGUGCAAGAGAAAGUGCUUUUGAUGGGAGCGUGCAGUGCUGAAUGGGCUCAUAUCAACAGUUCAAAAUGGACGAUAUAAUAUAGACAUGUGCUUGAAUAAAUAGGAAAAUCGACUUUUCUAUCUAUCUAAGAACAAUAUUUUGGAAAAUUACCUAAAAUUAUACAGCUAAAUAUGCAAAUAGGAUUACAGAUGUUUUUGUCUCUUGGAGUAAAGGCUGAGACUGAUGAUAUAAAGACACACUACUUAAUUAAAUCUCCGGCUCUCAUUAAUAAAGCAACCCACAUGUUCCAUAAUUAUUUCAUUAGAUUUUGCGUUUGUGUUCAGCAUUUUCAUACCACAAGCACAUUUUGGAGAAUCAGAAAGGAGAUUGUCAAAUAGAUCGCCAUUGAGAUUACUGCAGCCAUUUUGUGGGCUCUGGAAUCCUUAUUCACUUAUUAGGCUACAGGUAGGUGUCCCGGAUGCAACUCCGAAGAUUGAUCAUUGAUAUGACAAUUAAAUCAAUGUCGAGUUAACAACCUGCGUUGUCUGUAUUCUGCCUUGAUGUAUAACCCAUAAUAGUCAUUAAUCAUGUCUUGGGCAAAGUACGAGUUACUUUUUUUUGCAUAAACAUUGCAUUUACAGGAGUAGAUGUAUUCAGAUGUUUCACUCAUUAUUUCAAGCUGACAACUGUUGCCAUUAAACACUGUAUUGUCACCCUUCUUUGCGAAAGCACACUCAA